CCUGGGCCAGGGUGCGAAGAUGAACAUAUUGAUAGAUUAUUGAUAUCAGAAGGCUUACGUAUGUAAGUCGUCCUGAUCGCAAUUCGAUAUCAUUAUAACAUUGGAUGAUUGUGGUCGCAAUCGACUCUCCUCCUGCAGCUACUUCUAUCUUUUGUGCUCUUUGUCUGGAAUGAUGCCUUCUCUCACAUCGCCAGCCAAGGUUCUAGUAACUGGUUCAAAUGGCUUUAUUGCCGCCUGGAUCGUCCGAGUUCUCAUCGAUCGAGGUUACAACGUCAUCGGAACGGUGAGGUCAGCGCCGAAGGGAGACUAUCUGAAGAAGCAGUUUGGAGAUAAAUUUGAAUUUGUUGUCGCCAAAAAUCUCGAAGAGAAUGCAUUCGACGAAGCUGUGAAAUCCACGAACCCUGAUGCCAUCAUCCACGCUGCCACACCCAUGGAUGUCUCUGGCGAUCCUCAAUCCGUCAUUGGGCCAGCCGUGGAGGGGACUCUUGGGAUUCUUCGAAGCGCUCAACAAUUUGGGCACAACAUCAAGCGAAUAGUAAUUACAUCUUCCAUAGCAUCCAUACUGGAAUCGAAAGAUGUCCCAUCAUACACCUUCACGGAGGACGACUGGAACUCGAAGUCUGAGGGAAUCAUCGAGCGGGAGGGAACGAAUGCACCAGGAGAGCAGAAGUAUGCAACAAGCAAGACCAAGGCUGAACAAGCUGCUUGGAAGUUCAUUAACGAAAAUAAGGGCUUGCACUUUGAUCUGACUACUAUCUUGCCUAGUGUGGUCUUUGGGCCGAUCAUACAUGAGGUCAAGGAUGUGUCUGCCUUGAAUGCAACUAUCGCGUUGUUCCGUCACUGUAUCUUCAAUGGCACUCUGGACUUCUUUUCUAACAAUUUCGUGGACGUCCGAGAUGUCGCUCUUGCGCAUGUCCUGGCCCUAGAGGUACCAGAGGCAGGUGGAGAGCGCAUUAUUAUAUCCAGCGCACCUUUCUUCUACCAGCAAUCGAUCGAUGCAUUGAUUGAAGCCAGAUAUAAAGUCCCUCCCCGUGAGCCGCGGGAGGACACUUCAGUUCCACAUGCGGCCAUCAUGGACAACGCAAAGUCGAAGAAAAUCCUGGGGAUCAAUUAUCGAGAUUUCAAAGAGACCUCCGUGGAUACAUAUGCCGAGUUGCAGAGGCGAUUCCCAGAAUCGUUCCCUUAAGCAGUCAUGUAGCUCAUCUUCUUGUGAUGGAAAAGAUUUCACAAGACGGCAGUUCGAAUUGCUUGUACCACGCCACAAGAUCGGUCUACUAGCUACAAUUUAGACCUCAUUCGGAGACUGCUUUGUGGAAAUAGGUAUCACCAAACGGAUGAAAACAAAGUUGUGGAUGUUGAGCACAGACAUAAUUGUCAAAACCAAAUCGGCCAUGCAUCCUUGUAAGAAUCUCGACAAAGUUUGGUUCCGACUCAGGAGUGAUGUGACCAUG